CAGUAGUUCUCCACCCACCAGCCGCUAGAGAAGACACAGUUCGACCGACGCUCGUCCCUCAUCUAAACAUAUGGCAAAAACAGCCCUCUUUCUUUCUUAUAUCGUUGUGCCCACUACUCUUUAAAAAUUCCGCCGAAAAAGAGAAGACGAUUUUCCAAAACAUUCUGGCCGUUAUCUCACGGCUCCCCUGUCUCUGCACAGGUGUAUGAGCGCUACCCGGAGGGCCUAGGGGCAGCUCUUUACCGGGAGCACUUUGACUUCAACGCUGAGCCACCUUGGGAUCCUAGCUGAUAGCGGGACAGGUCCAUCUCCUGACUUGUCCAUUUUGUUGCAUACCGGCAGGACCCCAUUGGCUCAGUCGUGACCCCUUGACUUGUUUAUCUGUUCUUUAUGAUUGUCGGAUUAGCGGAAUACGGUUGAGAUGAAAGGACUCGCUGACAAACCAAGCUACAUAAUUGAACUCCUGGAGGGAGGAGUGACCCUAGAAGAUGUCAUUGAUGGACACAUCUACGAACAGGCUCUGGUGGAGAAGAGUGCGUUUGUGGUGGGCGACCUCGGUGCCCUGAUGCGACAGCAUGCUUGCUGGCAGAGCAUUGUGCCAGAGCUGCAGCCCUACUACCCAGUCAAGUGCAACAGCAGCCCUGCAGUCAUCCAGGUGCUGGCCUCCUUGGGCCUGGGUUUCGUUUGCACCAACAAGGCUGAAAUGAACCUGGUGCUGGACCACGGCGUUCCACCAGAAAACAUCAUUCUGUCAGGUGUUUGCAAGCAGCUGGCACACAUCAAGUACGCUGCCAAGAACAACAUCCAGCAUCUUGUGUGCGAAAAUGAGGCAGAGUUGUCCAAGAUUUCCCGUCUACACCCUAGUGCAAAGUUGCUGCUGCAGUUGACCACUGAGGCCCACGCGGCUGAGACCAGCAUGGCCUUCGGCUCCUCUCUGAAGAGCUGUCGGCACUUGCUGGAGGCAGCCAUGGAGCUAGGAGUUCAGGUGGUGGGGGUAACCUUCCACAUUCCCAGCUCCUGCCAAGACCUGCAACAGGCUUACACCCACGCACUGUCAGAUGCCCGCUGUGUGUUUGACAUGGGGGUGGAUCUGGGCUUCAACAUGAACAUCCUGGACAUUGGUGGUGGAUUUACUGGCUCAGAGUUUCAGCUCAAACAAGUUGAGUCUGCAGUCAGGCCGCUGCUGGAUGGUUACUUCCCCCCACUGUCUGGUGUGCAAGUGUUGGCUCAGCCAGGCAGCUUCUAUGUGGCCUCAGCUUUCAGCCUGGCAGUCAACGUGAUCGGCAAAAAGGUGUUGACCCGCCACUGGGACAGCCUGGCACAAGGUGAAAACAAUGAGGAUACCGAGUUCCUGUACUACAUGAAUGAGGGUGUUUAUGGCCCAUUCAGCCGCAAGCUCCUGGGAAACUCCAUCGCUGCCCCAUCAGUGCACAAGCAUGUGCUGUGCGCUGAGCAGACGGUGUAUCCCAGCAGCCUGUGGGGCCCGUCACUGGACCAGCUGGACCAGGUGGUGGAGCGCUGCCUGUUGCCUGAGCUCAGUGUGGGAGACUGGCUUCUUUUCUCCAACAUGGGAGCAUGUGGCCUGGAGGAGUCUACUUGCCUCUCCAGCUCCCCUCAGCUGCCAAUCUACUACACUGUCUCCACCUCUGACUGGUACGAAAUGCAGGAGGCCGGAGUGGCACUGGACAGUGCCAUGAAGAAUUUCUCCAUGGUCCAGUACAGUGCAUAACUACAUUCUGCCCCUGUGCCAUAUUAUAUUGCACAGAUCCUCCUUAGCCUCUCCUUUCACCAUGUGAGCAGAGGGGUCAGUGUGGUAUAUGGGACAAGGGGCUAAUGUGGUCGACAUUCCAGCCACCAUGGAAAAUGCAGUGUCCUAUCGUUUCUUCCAGGAAUUAGAUUUUUUUUUUUUUUUUUUUUUACCUCUAGAAAUGGAAAGCAAUUGGUGUUCGAUACCUCAAUUGUCUAAAAUUUUAUCUGGAAGAUAAUCUUCCUACUUUUGCUCCUCCCUCUGAUGGACUCCGAAAAAUCUGUCAGCUAAAAGAACUCCAGCCCAAGCUCAAAUGACAUUAUGCAACAAAAUGGACGACUCUAUGGAGAUGGGACCCCCCAACAUGUUUGGGGCGGUUUAAUUCCUAAUAAAAAAUCCAGUUUACAAAAUGUACAAUUGAUUUAAAUCAUAUUGAUCACCUGUUGACAGUCGUGUAAAUCCUGUAUCUGUUUAAUACACAUACAUUUUGUCUGUAGAUGAUUUUUUGAAGUGUUUAAAAGAAUCGAUGCCUUGUGUGGAUUCUGUACUUCAGACCCCUCACUUUGCAGAGUUUAAAUGAAAUUAUGACAAUGAUGUAACCUAUUUCUAUAUUGCAGUUCACCUCAAUGCGUUUUUAUUUAUUGGAUUCAGAUAUUACUAGGGGCAUAUUUAAAGCUCCGUCUUUAAGUGUGUUUUGCCCAGGUAUUAUGCUCUGGCCCAUCUAACAGUGUUUUUCCUGAUUAAGAUAUUGAUGUGUUUUUUUAACGCUACAUGGAUAUAAGUGUGCUGUGAUUGCCAUUUGUGACCUCAGUGGUUUCCCUUUACUCGAAAGGCUUGAAGGAAUUGCUGUGGGAAAUACUCUCUACACUGAGCUAGAGCUUGAAUACAGAGAAGCUGCAUACACCUAAAUGCACUCCUUAUCUCUAAUAGAGCGAGGUUAAUCUGGUUUAAAAUGCACAAAAUCUUUUGUAGGUUAAAAAAAUACUGUGACAUUUAACAGCACUGUCCUGAUUAUUAUUUUUUUUUUUUUUUAGAUCUUCAUAGAUCUUAGUAUCCCCUGCCACGGGAUUGGUCCUUGUUCUCCCAGGACCUGAAAAAGCAGCAAAGGAUCUUUUCCUGAAGCGUGCUCAAACAUAAAUGAUCUGAAUGCAGCAGGUAUAGACUCACAUGUCUAUAUCGAUAGAGUAAAAGACAUGCUAGUUGUACACAGACCUCUGAGGCAGUGCAAAUGAUAAAUAAAAUGCCAGACUUUUCCUUAUGCUUCUCUAAAGUUAUGAGGGACAUACUGCACAGUCUCUUGUACAGCUAAAUCUCUCGUGUCUAUUGAUAUUAAAGAUGACCUGACUUAACUGCAGUUUUUAAAGAAUCCUGCCCUUGUGUUAAAAAUGACUAAUGUAUUAAUUACUUGCUUGUCUAAGGCACUAAUGGACCAUAGCCUGUUUUGACUGUAAAUUGUGCUUGUUAGUAAUGAAAGUGAUUAAUUUAAUACAUUUCUGACUGAAAUCA